AUGGGGUUGUGCGGCAGGAGCACCAAAGCGGCGGCGGCAGCAGUGGCAUCGGCGAAAAAUGGUGGCGACGGUGGUAUGGCGAGGCAUCGGAUCGACGGAGUGAGGCAGCGGAGUGACGGAGGCAGAGACGGAGGCGGAGCCAUAGAAGGAUGUGGUGACGUGCGCAGGCACAGCGGAGCCGGGUCGGACGUUAGCUGGGCUCUGGUGUUUCACACGUUCCAGCUGGUCUUCGGCCCCACCGCCAUGCCUCCCAAAAUCCCACUCACUCUCUACGGGGGGGGGGAGAUGAUCAUACCAGCGGGUGCCCCUCGGCCGAGGGGUGGUCACCCACAACUCCCGAAGCGGGCCAAUGAUGGGGGCCUCUUCUGCAGUGGUAACUGGAACACCCCCAUCUUCCUCAUCGCUCAUGGGCGAGAUUACAUGAGAGAAAAAGUCUGUCGAGAAUUCAACAGCUAAGGGAAAGAACACUUCCGAGCUGGGGCAAUUAUCGCGAGCAGCAGGAAAUAUUCCAAUGCCACAUUUGAGGAAAUCCUUAAUGUCGUGAAAGACUUUGUCUCCAUUGCAGAGAAAUGCUGCCCAGAAGGAGCUGAUCCUGAUUGCUAUGAGAACGAAUCUUUAGCUCUCUCUGCCAGAUCUUGCCAUGACACUGCUCCUUUCCCCAAGCACCCGGGGAUAGCGGCCUGUUGUACGGAGCAGGGCCUGGAACGGAAGCUCUGCCUGGCCGCCUUGAAACACCAGCCUAAAGAGUUCCCGACAUAUGUGGAGCCAUCAAAUGAGGAAGCCUGCGAGGCCUUCGCCAGGGAUCCUCAGGACUUUCAAGACAGAUAUCUCUAUGAGUAUUCCGCGGACUACAGCAGUGCCCCAUUGCCCGUGCUGGCUGCCUCCACAACGAGCUACCUGUCCAUGGUUGCAACAUGUUGUGCCUCUGCCACGCCCACGCCGUGCUUCUUAAAAGAGAAGUUGAACCGGAGGUCCCUUGCGAUGCUCACUCGUGUGUCCAACAAAGCAUGCGCCCACUAUGAUUUGCUGGGGAAAGAAAAAACCAAGCUCAGCUAUCUCAUAAAGUUUGCCCAGAAAAGUACCAACGCUUCAUUGGAGGAUGUCGUAGCCCUAGCCACAGAUGCUUCGGAAGUACUUUCCAGGGCCUGUAACUCCACAGACAGUGACACCGUCCAGAAAGAGUUCGUGGAGCAUACCGCCAAAAUCUGCAGUCGGCUCUCCACCAAAGAUCAAAGGUUUGCUGACUGCUGUACAAAUGCGAACAAAAUGAAGGCCUAUUUCUGCAUCUAUUCGCUCCCAUGGGCCAAAACUCCCCACCUUCCAGAUUUUCAAAAACCAGCGGACGAAGACCUUUGCACAGAAAAGGAACGUCAAGAAUUAGUACGCUAUUUAUUUGAGAUUGCUCGGAGGUUCACCUAUGCCCCGGAGGCGCUUUUCUCAGUCAUCCACGAGUCGUCUAGAGAAGUUGUGGCUAGCUGUUGCAGUGACGCCGACCCCAAAGCUUGUUUUGGUCUAAAGCGUUACGCUUUUGUGUCUGAACUCCAGAGACCACAAGCGAGGCAACAAAUAAUCGAUUUGCUCUCCAAAGGAAAUGAACUGUGUUCCCAAUAUACACAUCUUACAUUCCUCGAAUUCAAGAAAAAGCUAAGAGAGACCUAUAGCAAGGUGCUUCCGGAGGCCACUGAAGAAGUCCUAUCUGGGCUGGUUGAAACGAAGGCCGAAUUUGCUUCCACCUGCUGCCUUUUGAAUGCGCCUCCAGUAUAUUGUGGCUUGAAGGUUAAAGCUGGAGUUUCUCACACAUGUUCCCAGGACGUAUGCUUGCUGCACUGA